CGAGCUAUAAAAAACGUUUUAAACCGUCUUAAACGAAUAAUGAAGUUACGUCACCGUUCGUGGGGUGUUCCAGGGUGGGGAUUUAUCCCUGGGGUGGGGAUUUGUGCAGUGUGCGGUCGCGAGUUUAGUUGGACACGGGUUUGAGAGUCACAACGGACGGUGUACCGUGAAUUGUAUCUCAUAAAAAAAAAUUAAAUAACAAAAAAAAAAACUCCCUCAAGUGCGAAUGCCAUAAAAACCCGAGGACUCGAGGGGUGAAAUUCCCCGGAUUGUGACAAUCAUGAGGACAACUUUAUCAAUAACUAAAUUUGUACCCUAGAGUAGCAGAUUAAUACCUAACGGAAUAUUCAGACUAGCUCCGAGGACUAGACUGAUAACAACGAAUUACGUAAAAAUUAUUUCAAACGUGCGGGAGUUGAGGGGAAGGAGACCAUUGGGGUCUCGUUCUCCAGGAUCAGAUCAUGGGAAAGGGAUACAAACGAAAAACACGAUGGAGAACACUGAAUAUUGCCGCACCGCACGGCGAGGAGGACGACGAGGAUGGAAUAAGAGACGUAAAAUCUAGGGAGAAUGGUACCAGAAAUUCACAACACAGUGUACCAAGUCACAAGGGAAUUGAUAGAAAUGAUGGAAGAACUCAGAAUGGAGUUCGAGGUGAGUCCCCGGUGCCACAGCCACGAUCACAACCAAAAAUCAUUUUUGAUGAGAAUGAGUACACGAGGAUCACCACUCCCAGGCAGGAUGUACUCUUCAAAAAAGGAUAUCUCGCCAGGAAGAAGGUCUGGUCCAGUAAUAAUGCCAGCACCAGUGCUACACCCUCUACUACCGAGAGUCAAUCUGCAUCACAUUCAACUGCAGAUGGAAGUGAGACGACAGAAGAUCAACAGCUGCUGGACUGUCGUGACAGCGGUUUGGAGGAAUAUCCCCCGAUGACGGAGUCAUCAGCUCACAUGAGCUACGGUACAUUCUACAAUCCAUCAAUGGGUUACUACUACGACUAUCCAGUGAUGGUGGUGGGCCCACCGAUGCCAGGGCCCCCCAUGCACAAUCUCCUAGCAGCAAUGCCCUGCGAUGCUGUCCCCCUGCGACCAAUCGAGUGGGUCAAUCCAGCAUUCGUCCCAAAAGUCGAUCAGCCCUACUGUCUGAUCGAUUAUGAGACCCCUCAAGAGGGUCAAUUUCCAGAUCCUGAAGAGAAUGGAACUUAUGAUCCCUGCACAAAUGACUCUGAGGAGCCCUUAGAGAAUGGAAAUGGCAGUUGGGCAGAGAGUAUAGCUGGUGAGGACAACGUUGAGGAACAAAAUGAACACGAAGCUAAUGAACCUGAAGAACCUGCUACUACAUAUCCUUCUGAACCAUCUCUGGAGACUGUUCUUGCUCAACAACUUCAUGUUUCACAUCACGUCGUACCUCCACAGCCCUACAUGUAUCCAGGCCACUACAUGUUCGGUCCAACUCUCAUUAACGUCAAUGGUAUGACAAUUCAGAGUGGACCAAUGGUAAGGACUGCAAACAUGCCUGCGGAGGUAUUGAUGUAUGCCAAACGGAGAAAGAAAAAAAAACUGUAUCGAAGGAAGCCAAGGUGGCCAAUUGGUCAGGACAACGCGCACUAUGGACUAGAGGAGGAGGAGUACAGCUCUGAAGCAGACACAGUGAACAAUUCAGGAUUCACCCCAAGCACUCGUCCAUUGAAUCCCGACUGCAAAGAGUUCCAUCUGCGCCCAUCAACGAUAAUCGAGUCCCCAUCGACACCAACUUCGCAGGAUCCUGAUCCGUCCGACCCCCAGAUCUCAGCCCUAUCGAUGGAUUCAGUGCCCCAAGAUCCCCAGCCCCUGGAGUACGCAACAGAGGCAAUUGCCAACGAUUUGUGUCAAGACCUUCCCCUGGACGAGUCUGAUGAAACUGAAAUUGGAGUUGACGUCACGUGUCCGGAAUUCUCUGACAUCGUGGAGAAAUUGGAGACUUCGAAGGAGCUGAAUGGCCUGGGGAUUCCUCUCGAGGAUUCCCUGGAGUCGAUUGUGCCAAAUGGAGGAGACGAUGAAAUCGAGAGAAACGGAUUGAAUGACCUCUCACCCUCUCCAGAGCCCAGGGACUCAACAGUCCAGAAAAUCCUACCAUCAAAAUCAAAUUCCAAUCCUCGAAAGAAGUACAAAUCCCCAAAAAUUGUUCGUGAAGCGACACCAGGGCCAGAGCUCGAGGAGUCACUCCAGAAACCUGAGAGUGUCAAUGUCGAAGUCAUAAUGGGAGUUGAAUUACUGGAGGCUAAAUCCACACCAUCCACAACAAACAGCUACAAAAAAGCCCAGGAACCUGUGGACUCCCAGGAGGACUCGGGCUUCGAGAGCCAGACAUUUUUCACAAAUCAUGGAAUCACUGAAGCUGUCACUCAGUGGUUGAGACGCACUAAUUCCCCAGAUUUAUUCACUGGUCUCAGCACCAAUGACAGCGAUGACGACGAGCUGGAGGACACUGAGCCGUCAAAAAACUUGCAAGGCAACCCCAUGCCUGCACUAUCUGCUAAUGACGUAGUAACGAAUGAUGAUGAUGAUAAUUCGUCGCGUCAAGCUGGUGAAUUUGCAACGAGAAGGCGAAAACGUAAUUCUAACAAACGAAAGAAGAAAGUGGCGAAGUUAUUAAAGGGAUUACCGAAGGAUCGUUGCGAAUUCCCUGAUAAGGAUAGCGUUGUGGGUAUGAGGGUUGCCAAAAGCACUCGGAAUGAUUCAGAAAGAGGAAUAAAUAGUGAGGAUAAUGAUAAGUCAAUUGAAUCUAGUCGAGGGAGUGAUAUCAAGACGUUUGAGCAGGGAGAAAUAGUGGUGAGGGAUGGGAGGAUGCUGGAGGAGUCUCAGGAGUACUCUGGGGAUCUAUCAGAGAGCAUCGAGGAGCCUGAUGUACUUGAAUACUGGGACUCUGAGGCUGUGGAGCCUCUCGAGACUGCAAAAAUUCUGGGGACACGAAGCAACUCUGGAGGGACGGAUCCUGGGCUUGAAAUUGUCAGGAAGUACUACAGAUUGGCACGAAACAGUGUAUCAUCCAGUUUGGGGGACAGGACGGCAGGUCAGGAUGAUGGAGGAAUGGAGAGAUCUGUCAGGAGUAAAUCACAGGGGAGUCGUCAGGAUCAGCUGAUCGACGAGGGCAUUGAGGUCUAUGAGAGCUGCUAUGGGGGAAAACCUCCUGUCUACUUCGAUCCUCAUCUCCGCAGCUCCAUCCUCUUCCGGGAGGAAGGGGCUAUACCUUGCAGAGUUACCUGCUGCAAUGUUCAGUGAAUUUAGUCAUCGCCGUCCCGACGUACUUUCAUCGAAUUCAAUCUGUUUGACAAGUGAAAUAUCAGACGAGUCAAUUGUUCAUUACCUAAUUAUCCAUUUAUCUCGUUAAUCAUUAAUUUUAGCUAAAAACACCAGAUGGUGAUUUUUUCUGGAAAUUUCAUAAGCUAGAAAUAAUGUAUCUGGCAUUUUUACCUCAAAUCCAUUGUUUUCAAGAUAAUGGUGCUAAUAGUACAGUUUACUCGUCUCUCUGUAUCACUUGGUUACGGAUUUAUUUUCGGACUAUCAAGUCAUUUCCACUGUUCAUUUCAUCAAAAAAUACCAGAAAUAACUGGGUAAUGAUGAAAUAUAAUGGCGAGUUUUCGCAUUGUUGCGUUUGUUCUUGUAAAUAGCUCUUAAGUUUCUUGUUUUUGAAUGCGUAACAUUUUUACGUGCGCAGAAUGAUGAAAAAUUAUUAUACAAUUUACAAGUAGAUGUCAAAGGGGACAGAUGGUCACCGGUAUUUCGACUAAUUGUGAAUUGAGUUUAUUUAAAGAUUUAUUUUCUCUCGGUUGUUUUUUUUUCAGUCAUCCAUUUAUCUCAUGGUUAUGGUUGUUAAUGACAAAUUGUUCUUAUUAUUAUUUUUAAGUGAUGCCCUUGCGAGAGGUGAAUGAAUAAAAUGAAGGGGCUAUUUUGACGCCUCGAUUUUUCAACUGAAAUUUCAUCAUCUCAGAUACUGAGCACGAGCGUUCAUUUAUCGAUGUUAAUUAUACUUUAAUUAUACAUCAUCCAUCACGAUAUCUAUCAUAUUGUCAUAAGUUUCAUAAAACAUUUGGAUCGUGUUUUACUGUAAUUGUUUAAGAUCGGAUGCUAAUCGCAUCUAUUGCUAUCCAAAGGAUAUUUUUAACGAGCCUUGGUUCGUCACUUUUUAGCAUGAGAGAUGCGAUGGAGAUUUAAAAUAAAAGAAAAUAUUUCAACAGCGAGAAUGUAAAAUUGAAACGUACACUCGAUUUUUCGUGGAAUAUCUCGGAAUUUAAGGGAGAUAGGGAAAUUUUUUAUUGAAGCUUUUUUGUAGAGGGGAAUUAGCACUUGAGAAAUGAUCUCUACUAAAAUUUUGCUAACGCUCUUAGAUUCCGAGGUAUCCUCGAAAAUUUCUCGUUGCUGAUUUAAAGAAUGGCCUUUGCUCAGGAAACGAUUCCCUGAAAUGCUCUUCUGCUCACAAUAAAAAUAAAUAAAAACGCAGCUUAUGGAUUUAUGACCUGGGCUAUGAUAAUUCUGAAUAAAUUAUUUGGUGAAAAGUUGAAACGAAUUUAUUUCAAUCAUUUCAAUAGAAAACUAGGCGUUCACCACUGAUUCAGAAAGACUAAAUUGUAAGAAACGAAAAUGUCAAACUGACAAAUACAUUCGAGUUUUUGAGGAAUAUCCCCGAAUCUAAGAGAGACAGCAAAAUUGUUGAUAGAAUCUUUUUUAUAGAGCGAAAUGGCCACUAUAAAAAAGAUUCUUACGAAAAUUUUGGUAUCUCUCUUGGAUGCGGAGAAAUCCCCGAAAAUUCUUCGUUACGGAUUUGGAGAAUGGCUUUGGCUGAAGAAACGAUUCCCUGAAAUGUUCUUCUCACAAUAAAAAUUAAUAAAACCCCAGCUAAUGAAUUUAUACCCUGGGCUAUAAAAAUUCUGAAUAAAUAAUUGCGUGAAAAUUUCAAAAGGAUUUAUUUGGAUGAUUUGAAUAGAAAACUAGGCGUUCACCACUGAUUGAGAAAGACUAAAUUGUGAGAACAAUUAUUGCAAGCUGUUUAGUUUCGAGUAGCUUUUAACAUGACGUAAGUAGGCAAAAAAGCUUGGUAAUAAUUGAAACCAUGUUGAUGGAGAAAAUAUAAUAAUCAUGAAUUAGGGGUGAGCAAAAUUAAAAAGUCGUCGAGUAGAUAUUACACAUUUAUCACAAAAAGAAAAAAAAAACCACUUGCAUUCAUAUACUCGUACUGUAAUCAGCAUUGUUCAGUUGUUAGCUUUUGAAGAGAUAACCAAACACCUCAGGUUGAUGCGAUUGUUGUUGACAUUUACCAAAUUACCAUAAUCCCAUAUCGAGAUUAAUGAGAUGAAUAAUUACGACAUACCUCAUACAUAACUAAAAAUUGUGUAAAUAUACCUGCGAAUUGUUCGAGAUGAUAAAAAAAAUGGAAAUGAUACGUCAUAAAUUCAUGAGUUAAGUUUCAGAAGACUAUUGUUUUUAAUUUAAUUGUUGUUUUUUUGCUCUGGAUGACGAAUAACAAGGAAAUGUAUUGAAUUGUGCCAUGCGAAUCGUUCCAGUACCCAAACAUCAACUGCAACUGAAUUAUCGACCAGAAUUAAACAAUUAACAAAACUCACAAAAUGUAAAAUAAAUAAUCGCUAGUAUAACGUGCGCGUUGCAUCAAUUGUGUGCCUUAUUCUGUGGCGAUCACUUCUCUUGAAAGAAUUUGCAAAAUAAUUGUGAAAUAAAAUUGGAAAUAUUUGGAACGAAUGGUGAAGUUGUCCGAUUAAUCAAGUGGAUCAACUAAAUGCUGGGAAUAAAUUCGCUAAAUCACUCGUCAAUUUAUUUCAUUUGUGCUCAUUAAAAUCACCAGCCAUUGUUUAUAUACCUGAUAAUUAUCUUUGUUAAGAAUGUAAUUACACACGAGCUUCGAUGGAGUUGAUGAAGAUCACACCCAACAGCUAAAUCAAUAAAAACCAAUGUGAGCAACUGAAAAACUAACGAUUUAAUUAAUAAAAUUUGUCCGAAUCACGUUCAAUUGUACAAUUCAAGUAACUCUAGUUGUACUGGGUACAAAAUACGCAUAAGUUGAAAUUAUACUUGAGAAAAGAUAAAUGAAAACUACUUCGUCGUGUUAUUGCUUUAAACUUAAGGAAAUAAUAAACAUAGGUUCGUUUUAAA